UAUUGGCAUUUUUGCAUGCUAGAUCUUUAUAAUCUAUUUCGCUUCGAAGAUCCUCUAGCAUUUAUUAUCUUCUUAUGAGGUCAUUAACUCGCGUCUUUUGUGCGGCGGUUUUUGAAGGGGGCAAAUUAAUCCAAGGCAAAUAUUUCCACACACACGCAUCAUGGCGGUAACGUGGUGUGCAGGGAGUGGUUUGAAAAUCCGUGAAAAUGGCGAUCUUACGAGCUGUUUUGUCGACACUUUACUCCUAAUACCAACUGCUAUAGUUUUGUUUAUAUUGAUACCAGCUUUGGUGCUCAUUUUGCGUGGAAAAUCGGAGGUUUUUGGGCAAUCUUGUGUGAGAUUCAAACAUCACUCCUUGCGAUGGAUGCUAACUAUCCUAUUGUUAUUAUCUUAUAUGGCCAAGAUCGGCGAAGGUUUUAUGUUCCAAGAACAGAUUUCAACAACACCGUUACACUUGUAUCUACCCAAUAUGUUCUCGUUUGUAUGUUUGAUACUUGCAACCAUCUAUUAUGAUAUUGUAGAAGUCAGUCAAAUCUCUCCAGUCAAAAAGCUAUCAAUUCUGUUUGUGUAUUGGUUGAGUAGUGUAAUAGUAUGGACUGUGAAGUUUGUACAGUUAUACCAAGUUGAAGGACCAUAUGAUAUCCGCCUGGCUACAAACGUUUGCAUCCUGGUAUUUUACUCAUUGUUGCUGAUAGUCGAGAGACGAGUCAUUUUCUCACAUCUUCCUGGACGGUCACAAUAUUCCUCGUGGAGCCGAGCUAAUGAAAGUGAAGUCGAGGGGGAUGCCUGUCGAGAAUUCCAAGCUGGCCACAUUAAAUUUGUACAUGAUUUUGCAAACUUUUUGUCCCGUUGUACGUUCUCGUGGAUGUAUGAUAUGUUAAAGCUUGGCAGCAGUCGACCUCUUGAACCCGAAGAUCUAGGCGAGUUACCACCGGUUGACAAAUCCGAGCUUAACCACAAAAAGUUUAUCAAAGUUUGGGAGAAGGAAAAAGUCCGAGCUGCUCCGAAGAAUACCACCCCAUCUCUUUGGCGUGCUUUCUUCAUCACAUACAAACAUAUCAUCCUAACGGCAGCUGCUUGCCGUUUUUUUGGAGAUCUGUUAAGUUUCAUUGGUCCGUUGUGUUUAAAACAAAUUGUUGCUUAUGUUGAGGAGACUUUGAAGUCAGACAGUGAUGAUUCAAAGUCUCAAACGGCAGAUGAUGUAACGAUGUCCAUGUCAGACUUUUUCGGCAAUGGUUUUGUUUUGGCUGUAGUGAUAUUAUUUGGAAAUAUCGGAUCAACCACUUUGAUACAGCAAUAUUUUUACAUCUCACUUCGUUUUUCUAUGAAUUUAAGAGCAUCUCUUCAGGUGAGUAAGUAAAGUUUGGCAGUUUGCCAUAUUGUUCUUCAAAUAUUUAAACUUUUAAGUGGCAAUGCACCUUACUUUAUUCUUUUACUUCAUCUAAUGCCAGAUGAUUUUAUUCAUCAAGGAGAGAGUGCUGCCUGCCACUAAAUGGGUUAAUUAUAGUUAACUGUGUAAGUGGUUAUUUUACUCUGUCUAAAAGCAGACAAUUUUACUUGUCAAGGGGGGAGUGUUGUUGCUCAAUGAGUUAACCGUGUCCAUGGCUGAGAAAGUUAAAUUAAUUGUCUGGCAUUGGCCAGGAUAAUGUUGAGUAAGCCAUUUUGCAGAUUAUAUUUUGCAUAAUAUAUGCAAAGUUUAUGUUGUACUUUUUUAAGUUAAGAAGAUUAAGGUAGUUGAGCUAGCUAGCAAUCCAGAUGUGAGCUACUUUAGCUGAUUAUUUUUAUCUAAAUUCCUAGGUAAUGAUCUACAACAAAGGCCUGAAUCUUUCCAGUUUCACAAUUUCUGGUGGUAAAAUGGACUCGGGACAAAUUGUAAACCAUAUUUCAACAGAUACUCAAAACAUUUCUAUGUCGAUGACCUUCCUACACAAUUUGUGGGCAGCACCUCUCAAACUCAUUGUUGCAUUCGUUCUUAUCAUAAAUGAGCUUGGUGUUGCCGCAUUACUGGGUUUUGUUGUGUUGCUUGUGCUUAUCCCAAUAAACUAUGUUUUAGCAGCGAAGAUGGGACGGUUUCAAAAGAUAGGCUUAGGUACAGUAUUGUAUAAAAAUUAUUGUUUCUUUUUUUUUAAAUAUUUCAGCCAAAGGCUUUCUCACUAGCAAACCCUAGUGGCUCUUCACCUUAUUUGAGAGAAGUCUGGUAAUGAGCCUAGUUUGCAAGGUGCCGUGCUGAAUUUGCAAACACUGUUUGCAAAUCAUUGGCAUCGACACUUCACCUUUUAAUGGGUUAAUUAUGUAUGUUUAUGCAACUGUAGGUAUAAGUGACGAGCGUCUGAAGAACACAAAUGAGAUGCUGCAGGGAAUGAAACUUUUGAAGCUCUAUGCAUGGGAAGGAUGGUUUUGUGAGCUGAUUGAAAGAAUACGUGCUCGUGAAAUCUCUGUCAAAGUGAAAACUGCUCUCCUGAAUGCCUUGGUGUCAUUUAUUACUACAUGUACAACAACCAUCGUGGCUCUCGUUAUGUUUGUCAGUUAUGUCAAAGUGUCUGGUAAAGAGCUGACUGCGUCAAAGGCGUUUGCAUCAUUAGCCCUGAUUAAUCUUAUGAGGGUGUGUAAAUCAUUUACUUGAUACCAAUGAACUUGCUCGCCCAUUGGGUGUAAGUUCACCCCUAAACCUCUGUGACAAGGAAAAAACAUCUAACACAGACAGCUCUCUAAUACAGACACCUUUUUUAAUACAGACACCUUUUUUAAUACAGACACCUCUCUAACACAGACCGCUCUCUAACACAGACAACUCUCUCAUAUGGCUGCCUCUCUAAUACCGACAUGUCUCUGAUACAGACAACUCUCUAAUAUGGACACCUCUCUAAUACAGAUAACUUUCUGUUAUGGACGCCUCUCUAACAUGGACAUCUCUCAUAUAUGUCUAUCUCUCUAAUAUGGAUAAUUUCCAAUACAAAUGCUUGAAUAAUUCUCAUAUAUUUUCUUUUAAAUAGACCUCUCUUUCUCAUUGCUCUGUUCCUUAAAUGUCCAUAGUAGAAAAGCCAGACUGUUUAUUUUUCUCCAACUAGGUGCCCCUCUUUCUGUUACCAAUGAUGGUCCGUACAGUAGUGAAUGCACGCGUUAGCACCAAGCGUCUUCUUCCUUACCUCCUUGCACCUGAAAUCAGUCACCUGCGAGACGAAGCUCCCGUCUGUGUCAUCGAAGAAGACGAAGAAAGCCCGAGCCCAGAGGAAUUCAAAAUGGUGCCGCUGAAACCCACCAAGGAUGACACAUCACCAUCACCAGGUAGCCCUACCAUUGAGGUUAGCGUGAAGUUCUCUAAAGAUUCAGAGAGGAAGAAAGAUGAUAUGAAACCCAAGUCGACCACUAAUGCUGAUUUCUGUAUUCCACCACGGAUUGCAGUUGUUAUCAACGAUGCCAGCUUCACGUGGGACCCCGAAGCAGACCAGCCAACAAUAUCGAACGUAGAUGUUAAUGUACCCAAAGGAAAACUGACGAUGAUUGUGGGGCCUGUUGGAAGUGGAAAAUCCUCUUUGGUAAUGUAUAAAGCCAUCUGAAUGACUUAUUAGAAGUUGUUCCAACAGCUUGUGAUCGUCCUGCAAUUUGUCAACAAGUUGUGAGUGACUACUUUGUAGCAACUUGAUAAAAUGACAACAUCGUUACAAGUUUGUUCCAACAGCUUGUGAUCGUCCUGCAAUUCAACAACUUGUCAACAAGUUGUGAGUGACUACCUUGUAGCAACUUGAUAAAAUGACAACAUUGUUACAACUUGUUGACAAGGUAUAAUGUUAUAAUUAUAUUUUUCAUAUUUAAUUCAGGUCAAUGCUUUACUGGGCGAGAUGACAGCGGUUGGUGGUCAAGUGUGGUGGGCUGAUGACAUCACAGUCGCGUACGCCGCGCAGAAAGCAUGGCUGUUGAAUAACACGGUAAAGAACAAUAUUCUCUUUGGACAGCCUUACAUCCGUGAACGUUACGAAGCCAUCUUGGAGGCAUGUGCCUUGAAAAGUGAUUUGGAAAUAUUACCUGCAGGUAAAGAAUUGUACAGUCUGUGCCAGUUAGGUAGUCCGGGCAGGAAAAAAAUUUCGUCCUGGGAGCAGAACCUGGAGUCAAAAAUUUCCUGCAGACCAAUGGAGGAUUUUUGUGCUAAAUCUGCAUGUGCAUAAACAUAUAGUGUUCUGGCUGACCAUGGUUUUAAAUUCAAGGAAUAAUGUCUGUCAACCAUAUGUUAAUGUUGCGCCCAUAGUGGGACAUGCAUAUGGUGUUAAAGUUUCUUUCAAAUUGUCGAUAGCAAAUCUUCAUUCAAACAAAUUUCCUGAAGCUGUUUAACUUUUCCUGCGAGCAGUACUCCCGUGCUCGCCUAUUUUUUCCUCACCUGUAGGUAGUCAGCCGAUAAUGAGAAAGUUUCGGAUUGAUAGGGAUACAACUACCUGAAAAAUACAAGGAGAACUUCGACGUUUCGAGCGAAGGCCCUCGCAAGUUCUGCUCGUAUUUUUCAGGUACUCUAAAUCCAAGUCUAAAAUAAUAGUGGUUUAUUUAUUUAUCCUUAGGAGAUGAAACGGAGAUUGGUGAAAAAGGGAUCAACCUCAGCGGCGGUCAAAAACAACGGAUUAGCGUCGCAAGAGCAGUUUAUUCUGGCGCGAAUUUCGUCAUGUUUGAUGACCCGCUCUCCGCACUCGAUGCGCACGUGGGUCAACACGUGUUUGAACAGGCGAUCAUGAAGAUGCUUGUCCAGCGGGGUCGUACAGUAGUGUUGGUGACACAUCAGUUGCAGUAUCUGCCCAAGGCUGAUAAUGUCAUCGUCAUGAAGGAUGGCCGUGCUGUCAUAUGCAGUACGUUCAGAGAUGUGGAGAAUGCUGAGAAGUCUGAUAAUGCGAAAUCUGAUAAUGUGAAGAAAGCAUUGAUACUCACACGCCAGCAAUCUAUCGAACGAGAACAGCAUGUGGUAAGCACACGUAGACACAAUGGGAUAUGGGGCUAAAUACCUAUCAAUGCUGUUAUAGUUUAUCUGAAAAUUAGCUUAAAUCACCUAGAAACGUACCUGAAAUUACUCGCUACAGCUUUUUCUACUAAAGUUUUGCAAUAAACGGAUUUGCAGAUGUGCCCAAACCAAAACAUCUUGUUAAAUUUGAACCCAGGUUUAGCGCCAAUCCAGCUUUGACAACUGACCCCUGGUCAACAUUCUUUAUACACUUUUUGUUACUUUUUGUUGGCUUCAGGAAGAAGAGGAGAUUGAGGAGGUCCACGAUCGACGGCACACCGUGGAGGAAGAGAUCCAGGAAGCCGGGGAAGACGAUGAAGAGAACGAAAAGGGAAAAUUGAUGACGAAAGAAGAACGAGAGAAAGGCGCUGUGGCUUUGCGUGUCUAUCUUUCUUACGCUAAAGCUUGUGGUUACCUUUUUGCAGUUAUAGCUUUAGUCCUGGCUGUGGCGGCACAGGGUAGGUACUGUUGUUAUUACAGACCAGGCGUCGGUUGUACGAAUGCAGGAUAGCGCUAUCCACAGGAAAAAAUUACUAUCCGGUGGAUAGCGCCAUCUGAUAUUCACACAACCGACCCCAGGUAGCUGGCAUCUAUUUCAACCAGAGCGGCCCAUCUCAUCGAGGUGACACUAUUCGAAACCUCUCUGAUGACCCUUAGACCUGACUUGUCGACCAUGUUUAUCAUGAGCCUAUGGUUCGUGUGAAUUGGGCAACCUUAUCUUCUGCGAAACGACGUUUUAAAUAAUAUGUUUAAGUUCUAUAUAAAAUUAUCUCAUAUCCAGGUGGCAUUGUCGGCGCUGACUGGUGGCUAUCAAUCUGGUCGUCGGAUAGACCUCGUGGUAAUACAAGCGCCGACCAUGAUGUCGACUAUUAUCUGGUCGGAUACACAUCUCUCUCUAUUGCUGCCGUCGUGUUGACAUUCUUCAAGUCCAUAUCCAUAGCUAUGUGUUGUCUUAGAGGGGCCAAGUUGCUGCAUAUACGCAUGCUCAGACGUAUCGUCCAAGCACCAAUGAGGUUUUUUGAUACAACGCCUAUCGGACGUGUGUUAAACAGAAUGUCUUCCGAUACUGCAGCCAUUGAUAGCAAUCUGCCAAGUAAGUUUAAACUUCACGCGCCUUUUCACACCUUCUCAUUAUAACUUUCCCAAUAUCCAGUUUAAAAAUAUAUUUUAUUUGUUCUAGUGGUGACUCAGAAUUUCAUUAACACGAUGUUAAGUGCGGUAGCCGCUCUCGUGGUCCAGGCAGCCGUUACUCCGUAUUUCCUACUUGUCGUUUUACCUUUCAUUAUCAUUUACUAUUUCGUACAACGCUUCAUCAGGUACGCAUUUUAUUUUGUUUAUUGUCUGCCGUCUAGUAUAUAUACUUUGUGAUUACCGCAAGUCGGGAAUGACGGAAAUUCACGAGUAGACAUUCGAAUAUUUGAUGUGUAGAUAUUGCUCUCAUGUCCAAUCUAACGACUUGCACUCGCGCUAUGUCUACACACACUGACCGCGUUGCAGUGACAUAGCCAGCCCGACAAUUUAGUCAUGUUAUUUGGAGAGUUGGAGAGGCGUUUGAGGCGCACAACCCUAUCGCAUUCUAGCAAAUGUACACAUGUCGUCCCUUGACUUUUCUUAUUAUUUUAGACGCAGUACUCGCGAACUUCAACGUUUGGACAGCAUCAGUAAAUCACCGAUCUACGCGCAACUGUCUGAAACCUUGGGAGGUCUCUCAACCAUCCGUGCAUACCGCUCACAAGAACGUUUUCAACUACAAAUCAUGAACGCCAUUGAUAAGAACAACAUUGCGUUUAUCUUCACUCAAAUGGCAAACCGUUGGUUGGGAUUGCGACUGGAUUACGGUGGCGCUUUGAUUGUGUUUCUAGCAGCUGUUUCCUCAGUCGCCGCUGCCCUAUCUGGUACUAUCAGUCCCGGGCUUGUGGGUCUGGCUCUCACAUAUGCACUCGCUGUGGCUCAAGUGUUUAACUGGGUAGUGCGCAUGGCCACUGAGAUCGAGAUGAACAUGAAUGCGGUUGAGCGUGUCGAUCAUUAUUCCAAUAUCGAGAAUGAACCUUCGCAGAAAGAUGCCGAUGUUACACCAGGCGAGAAAUGGCCGGAAAAAGGUUUGAUACCUUAGAUAUUAAACAAAAAUUUAAGGCAUUCCACAUACUGGAUGGCUCUAUCAGUCCUAUAUGUCCAGAGCUAUGGAUCCAGUGUGGUUAGCUUAUUAGCCGUUGUUGUUAUACAAUUAUCGUUCUUUCUCUCCUGUGUAGGUGAAAUUGUUUUGAAAGAUUUAACCCUCGCUUACGCCCACGAGUUACCUCCAGUGGUCAAAGACGUGACAGUCGACGUCAAGGCUGGUGAAAAGAUUGGCGUCUGUGGUCGUACGGGCAGCGGUAAAUCAACAAUCACUUUAGGCCUGUUUCGAAUGUUGGAGCAUUUCGAAGGUCAGAUUGUGAUAGAUGGUAUAGAUAUAUCCCAGAUGUCUUUGCGACCUCUGCGUUCCCGAUUGGCUAUCAUUCCCCAAGACCCGAUCCUGUUCCAAGGCACAGUGAGGUUUAACCUGGACCCGCGUGGAGUACACGAGGAUGACGCGUUGUGGCACGCACUCGAGGUUGCUCAACUGAAGAAUGCCAUUACGGCUUUGUCCGGAGGACUGGAGGGUGCCAUUGUCGAAGGUGAAGUUUCAUUUUUCUUAGGAUAUGAUCUAAUGAGCUUUAGAUCAAGUAUUACGCUUACCUAAUUACAUACUUAGCCUACACGCGUAAAAAUUGAGAAAAUCAACAACUUGUUCCAACUCGAACCGUCCUGACCGCGUAGCUCAGUUGGAAGAGUAUUGGGCUAGUAUUCCAAAGGUCGUAGGUUCGAAUCCCACCGUGGCCGGGCAUAUUUUUCAAGCUCGCCCGGUGUGGAUAUGCACUCAGAGUAACAUCGCAAACAUAUUAUUCACCUGAGUACACAACACCAGCACAGAAAAAUUCAUAUUACUAGAACACAUUGGUAUUGAAGGAACUAGAUACUGUUCCGAAAUAUCACUUACUCGAACCGUCCUGACCGCGUAGCUCAGUUGGAAGAGUAUUGGGCUAGUAUUCCAAAGGUCGUAGGUUCGAAUCCCACAGUGGCCGGGCAUAUUUUUCAAGCUCGCCCGGUGUGGAUAUGCACUCAGAGUAACAUCGCAAACAUAUUAUUCACCUGAGUACACAACACCAGCACAGAAAAAUUGUUCCAGGUUGAUAUCGACAGGCGUGAACAAGGUUGUGCGGCCCACUAUGAACAGUAUUGUCAACAUGUUGUUACAGCAUACUGUAACAACUUGGAACAACAUGGUUGACAACUUGUUCAUAGCUGGCCGCACAACAUUGUUCACGCCUGUCGAUAUCAACUUGGAACAACCUGUGCGUUUUUAGCCGUGUAGACUAUUUUAUUACAUACUUUACCUAGACGAUAUUACUUUCUUAACUGUGUCCAUCCUAACCCACCCGACAACUUUCCCAGUGGGAGGAACCCCGAGCACCCGGAGAAAACCCAAGACUUUCGGCAGAGCGUUGACUGACUCUUUUCACAUGAGUCUGAUCCUGGUGUCUGCGUUUCCGUGUUUAGGUGGAGAGAAUCUAAGUGUUGGUCAGCGUCAAUUGUUCUGCUUGGCCCGCGCACUCUUGGUAGAGUCCCGGGUACUAGUGAUGGAUGAGGCGACAGCGAACGUCGACUUAGAAACGGAUAAAUUGAUUCAAGAGGUCGUACGAAGUGCGUUUAAACAUUUCACCAUCUUGACGAUAGCACAUCGUAUUGACACAAUCCUAGAUUCAGAUCGGAUCAUGGUGUUGGAUCAAGGACGAUUGAUUGAGUGGGAUUCUCCGGAGGCGUUGCUUGCGAAUGAAGAUAGUGUGUUUUCCUCACUGGUGAAAGCGCAUAAGUAAGAUUAUUGUAGACAUGGCACGGCGCUUUAGCCCUUUAAGGUGAUGUUAUACUACUUUGCUUUUCUUGCGCUUUUGCUGCGAGACAAGUUGCAAGAUGUAACCACGCUUAAACUUUAAACUCACGCUUCCACAGUGAGUUCCAUUUCUUUCUGGAGUAAGAACUGGCGUCGUGGAAUAAAUUUCAGGACAAAGGAUUGACUUGCAACAAGGCACGAGUCUUGAUGUAUUUUACAUACUUUGUUUACUUUAGUUUACUUUACCUUACAUUAGUUGUGUUUUUUGUACUGAAACGUACAAGGUGUGCUAUAAUAGCUAGAUUUUACUGUAAAAUUAAGUAUGGUAUAAUAGCUAGAUUUAACUGUAAAAGUAAGUAUGGUACAAUAGCUAGAUUUUACUGUAAAAGUAAGUAUGAUAUAAUAGCUAGAUUUUACUGUAAAAUUAAGUAGUUUUAAAGCUAGAUUUUGCUGUAAAAUUAAGUAUGGUUUUAUAGCUAGAUUUUACUGUAAAAGUAAGUAGGAUAUAAUAGCUAGAUUUUACUCUUUUGGUGUGUUCGGAAUGAAAAUUACUGAAGUUGAUAUUGCUAAUAUAUAAGUUGAUAUUAAUAAUAUAUAAGACACCGCGAGUGUCUAGGUAGUCCUUGGGGCGGACCAUUUGAAUAAUUUAUGUGUUGGGGAGAUUUCAGCUUACACGAAUUUUUUUCAUCUGUCUGCUUGUGCUGGAAUGUUUUGCGUUAUUUUAAAGGCAUCUUUUCCUUGCUUUCCUCUGCACGAUUUUUUGUCCCCACCCACAUUGCUUUUCUAAUGGUCCGCCCCUUAGUCUUAAUUGUAGAUUUAAAAGUGUUGUGUUAUCUGAGGUAUAUAUUGCCGAUACUGAUUGUGUGUAUUGUUUUAAUUAAUUAUCUAAAACAAAUAUAAUCUAAAACCAUUUAUUUACAUUCGUAUUUUGUAGAACCAUAGAUAACAACCAAGUUGACCAACCA